UCUCCCCUAUCAUCCUCAGCGACCUCAAAUCCACGUUCAUCGCCGCCGACGACGUCAUCACCUCCAUGAUCUCCGCUGCCGACGCCGACCACCACGGCUUCGUCGACUUCGAAGAGUUCGAGCGCGUCCUCGGCUAUGGCUCCUCUAUCAAAAAAUCAAGAUUCCUCUAAGCUCUGUCACUUCGAUUAUUGAUGGCUUGAAGAAACUAUAUAUUGAAAAAUUAAAGACAUUGGAAAUUACCUAUCAAUUUAAUGAUUUUGCUUCUCCUUUGCUGACAAAUAGUGAUUUUGAUGCUGAGCCCAUGGUUAUGCUUUUGGGUCAUUCUACAGGGAAGACAACAUUUAUAAAGCAUUUUCUAAGAUCUAGCUACCUAGGGGUUCAUAUAGGACCGGAGCCCGCAACUGAUAGAUUUAUUGUUGUCAUGAGUCAGGACCAGAUGAAAGGAGUAUUCUUGGAAACACUGUUGCUGUGCAGGCAUACUUGCCUUAUAAUGAUCUUACAUCACUUGGAACUGCAUUUUUUUCAAAAUUUGAGUGGUCAGAUGCAUAAACUGAGUGUCUCACUAUCACAUAUAGCUUUGGGAUUCAUACAUAAACUGAGUGUCUCACUAUCACUUGGACAGAAAAUUCUUAUUUCUACAUGACGUGCUUUUAAAAUGGGAGGGUUUGGUUGCAGUUGUCAACCUUUCUAUUAGGUCUUUGUUAUUUCAGUAGAUCUACAAUUGUGUAAGUAUUGAUUUUUUCCCUCCCUUUUUUCAUGUGGUAGUGUUCAAGCAGCCCAACUACCUGCAUAACUUUGUCCAGGCAACGUUUAAUGCCCUUUCUGCUGACAGAGUAAAAGGUAAGCACUAAUCUCCAUUUUUUUCAUUUCUUUGUUGUCAAAGAUAUUAAUGCAUUGAUUUUUUUUGGGUGAGAAAAACCUGAUGCAAUAAUUUGAAGGAAUUAAUUAUAUAUAAGUUUUUGGGCAACAAUCUUAGAGUUGUCUUGGCUCAUGGCAAUAUUUUCUGUUGCCUUGCUGGAUCAAAAUGACAUGGAAUGCUAAACUAAUGUGCCCUUCUACCUGAAAGUGUGCACAAUGUAGAUAAUAUAAAUGAUGCAAUGUCUAAAUUUGCAUGUUGGGUUGCUUAUUUUGUUUAUUCAUAAUAUUUGUAUCUUCCAUGCUUUUUUUUCCUCAUGCAAAUGUUCCCAUCAUAGAAUUUGCUGUUAUUAGAUUUUAAGUGAAAUUGUGGUUA